AUGAGUAGUGUGGUGGCGGAGACGCAGUCUGCUUUUGUUAAAAAUCGCCAAAUUCUUGACGGUAUCCUUAUUGCAAAUGAGGUAGUUGAUGAGGCUCGUAAGGAUAAAAAGGAGCUCAUGUUAUUUAAAGUGGAUUUUGAAAAAGCAUAUGAUUCUGUUGACUGGGGCUAUUUGGAUUCGGUUAUGAAAGGCAUGUCUUUUCCGGUUCUGUGGCGGAAGUGGAUUCGUGAGUGUGUGGGUACUGCCACAGCUGCUGUUCUUGUUAAUGGCAGCCCUACUGAUGAGUUUCAUUUUCAGAGAGGCUUGCGUCAGGGGGAUCCUCUUUCCCCUUUUUUGUUUUUGCUUGCGGCCGAGGGCCUUAACGUUUUGAUGAAAGCUAUGGUCGAGAAUAAUUUAUUCAAGGGGUUUUUGGUUGGUUCGGGUAAUCAGGUUGAGGUGACUCAUCUUCAAUUUGCGGAUGAUACUCUGUUAUUAGGAGAAAAAAGUUGGGCUAAUGUGAGGGCCCUUCAUGCUGUUCUUAUUUUAUUUGAAUCUUUGUCUGGCUUGAAAGUAAAUUUUAAUAAAAGUUUGUUGGUGGGUAUUAAUAUUUCUGAUUCGUGGUUGUUUGAGGCAGAGUCGGUUUUAAGCUGUUGGGAUACUUUGUGUUCUAAAAAGAAGUAUGGAGGUUUGGGGGUGAGGAGAUUGAAGGAGUUUAAUAUUGCUUUACUAGGUAAAUGGUGUUGGAGGAUGUUAGUGGAUAGAGUAGGGUUGCGGUAUCAGGUUUUAGUCGUCCGUUAUGGCGAAGUAGAUGGGAGGUUGGAGGUGGGGGGCUGGAGUGUUUCUUUGUGGUGGCGGGAGGUAGGCAGGAUUCGUGACGGGGCUGGUGACUUAGGUGGCGGGUGGUUCGGUGAUAGUGUUAGACGGAGGGUGGGUGAUGGUACUGCGACGUUGUUCUGGUCGCAUAGGUGGCUUGAAGGUUCUCCGUUUUGUGUGCGGUUCCCCCGAUUGUUUGACUUAGCAGAGAACAAAACCAUUACGGUAGCCUCUUUGUUCUAUUUGGGUACGGAGCAGGAGGGGGAGGGGUGGAGAUGGAGGCGUAGACUAUGGGCGUGGGAGGAGCUUCUUCUAGAGGAGUGUAGGGCGUUACUAUUUGAUAUCUCUCUGGUUCCUAAUGUUUCAGAUACUUGGGAGUGGCUUCCGGAUACUGCAGAGAGAUAUUCUGUUCCGUUGAAGGUUUCUGUUUUUGCGUGGCGGCUUAUUCGAGAUCGAUUACCAACGAAAGCAAACCUGGCGACUCGUGGUGUUAUUUCCGCAAAUGAUAUCUUUUGUGUGUCUGGUUGCGGUCAUGUGGAGACAGCUGAUCAUUUAUUUUUAUCUUGUAAUACGUUUGCAUCUCUGUGGCAGCAGGUGCGUGAUUGGAUGGGUAUUUUAGGAGUGGAUCCUAUCAUCAUUACAGAUCAUCUGGUGCAGUUUAUUCAUUUGGCAGGUGUUGGUAAAGCUAAAAGAUCGUUCUUACAGCUUAUUUGGCUUUUGUGUUCGUGGGUUUUGUGGAGUGAACGUAACAACCGUCUUUUCAAUAAGUCUGUUAAUCUUGUCCCUCAAUUGUUAGAUAAGAGAUGGUGGUCAGACCCUUUUGCUUGUUUAGGUUUGGCUAGCUAG